AUGUCUGACUCCGUGAGGUUGAAGAAGAACCUUCGAUGUAAAGUAUACUCGUUUGCGAGUAAAUUUGAGUAUUUGGACGAAAAUGGACCGAUAGGACGGUCUAUGAAGGAGAAAAUAAGCUCCACGGUUGAUCGAUUGGAACGCGCUGUCAAACUUUCCGAGAAUUUGAUCCUUUUAGUUCUUGGACAACCAUAUUCUGGCAAAUCUUUUCUAGUAAAAAAUUCCUUGAGACAACUUUUAGGUAGAUGUGUGAAGCCCGAGUCUCUUACCGAUGGUCCUUCCAUAGGUCAGACAAAAAUAAUCGAGCUUUACACUCAUGACUAUAAGGACGAUGUAAAGUGUAUGAAAGACUUAUUAAUGCAACUAGAAAGUUUGACCGGUGCCCAGACGGUGAAGGGUGUUGGCCACUUGAUUUCGGAGAUGCAAAAGAGAAUGUUGCACUGCCUAACCUAUCUCAAAAGGAACGGAAUUUAUGUGAUCAUAGUUAUAGAUGGCUUAGAGAGAUUCACAAGGGGUAUUUAUGACUGUAGUUCAACUACUGGAUCGUACUCGAAAAGACAGGGUCUCUUGUACUUUUUGGGAGAUUCGAUGCAGUUGAAGGAUACGGCCUUUUCUUUGCUUUGCAUAACGUCUGAUUUGAGAACGUCUGAUAGAUUUGAGAAGCGUGUAAAGUCUAGAUUUGUGCAUGAGACGAUUUACUGUCAUAAUGAUGCGGAUAUACAAUCGUACUUUGAUGAAAAUUUAACGUCAAAGAACCUAGUUCCGGGUUGUAAUGUAGGAAUAAAUAAAGAUAAUAUGGUUGAAAUGAAUCAAGAAAGUCUGUGCGGCACAGAUUUCUCCUUUUUUGUAAAUACCGCUUCCAUCGCAUGCUUGCUAUCAAAUGACAAAGAAUUUGAAGAAAAUAGUACUAUAGAUAUAAGCGAAAAUUUCCCAAAGAAAGGAAGGGUACGUUGGAGUUUGGAUUUAAUGAGUAUACAGAUUUCGGAGGAUUGCAUCAAUAUUUUCAAACAGCUCAGCUUACCAGAGCAUUACAUCUUGACGUCUUUAACACGUUUACACUGUAGAGGAGUAUAUCCUCAGACGUUUAUAAGCAUUCAGAACGAUUUGAAGGAGUUGGUUCACCUUUACCCUCAGGAGAAGCAUGCAAUUCCUCAUCAACGGGUCGGUCUUUCACUUGUAUUUUACAACUUUAUAGGCUCUUAG